UUUUGCCAGACGCUACCGGGUUGAUCGGGCUGUGUCGGACUCUACCGGGUCAUCCGGUCUGGACAGGGCAGUAUUUAGGAUACACAGAAGAGUUCUACAGAAUGGCGGCCUUGUGUGAGCUGGAUGCAAAAAGAAGAAAAGUAGACUUAGACGAUGAUUUGGAAUUCUUGAUCAAAUCGGUUAAACAGCACACCUCUUUACCUGUCAUAACAUCAAGUCUAAAGGCUCUGUGUGAAGUAGAAGCAAUGACUGUAUUGACGAUCGAAAGCUCUAACGCUUGUCUUGGCUACGGUGUUCCUUUUUCGAAUGCAUUUUGUCACACCAAGCUUCAGAUGAAGGAAAGCUAUACUUUUGCAUCUUUUUUCGUUCCCGGAAUGAGCCUGAUGGAAAAAGUCUUGAACACGAAAGAUUGGUUGCCGGACGACGACUUUUCGAAACAAUCUUUGAGCAGACUGUUGUCUUUCUUGACUGAUAAAGGUUCAAUCAACUUUAUAAAAACUCUGCACAAAAGAGAGGAUAUAUUCAACAAUGAGACUCGACUGUCGGUUGCAUUGGCUGAGCAUGUUUUGUCGAAGCUGGCACCAAAAUCCAACUACGUCUUAGAUAAUGACUGUCGGCGCACAAAAUCAGAUAAUGAAUGCAGAUGUGGCUGUCAUUCUUUUAUUGAUGAUAAAUUUGGGGAUACCAGUAUUGGUCAUUACAGUGUGUGGCAUGGGAAUAUUGAUAUAUUUGUUGGAGAUCUGGAGAUACCUGUCUUGAUCAACCUCGCUAAAGACACUGACAGCCCUGGAGGAAGAACUUUUAUAGAAGAUUUUCAUAUUAAGCAACAAAUGUUGUCCCAGGCAAUAGUUUGUUCAUUUUUACAAAAAAUAAGACAUCGAAAUUUAAAACAUUUUUUGAUACCAUGUGUCGGAAUGUCUGCAAAUCAGAUGAUCUUCUACAUGUAUGAUUGUAAAAAUGAUGUGCUAUUGCAAAGCAGGGCUAUGACAUUGAAUGAUGGUAACGAACUCAACUAUACAGGAAUCAUCGCUUUAUGGCUGGUCUUGAACUAUAAAAAUCUUGGAUCUGGUUUGUCCGAGUACUGUGUUAAACAGAUGUCGAAAGCAGACUUUUUCAAAGGUGCUGAUCUUGAAACAGAAAACAUUUAUAAAGAAAGACUUUCAGUUGGAAAUAUUCAUGGCCGAAGCAUGUGUGAAACCCUUGACUGUACUUCCAUCAGAAGAGUUGUCACCAUUCCACCAGACACACCAAAAUUUGUUUGGCCCAGUUGAAGUGCUAUGAACAAAGAGAUUACAUAAUAAACAACAUGUAUCACAUAAA